UCUGUCAUACGAUUAUGGCGUCGACGCCGACGCGGCGUUCGUACCUUCCCGGCGAGAAAUUCACUAUCUCCGAGCUUCUCCAGAGCUACAAUCUACCGGCAGACGUCGAAAUCAUCGAGAGCCUGUUGGGCGAGACGAAAGAGGAAUCUCUCGUUCCGGGUCAGAAAAUCCGCUUCCAUUUUCUCGUCGAGGAAGAGGUGAUCGGCGCUGUGAGAGAGGAUACGAAGAGCGAGAUAAAGAUUCCACUCAAUUGUAGUCUCGAUUUCGAGCUGCUGCCCGAUAAUUCGUGGCUGGACGAUCAGAGGUAUCCGACGGUGCGCCACGCGUACACAGCCAACCCCCAGCCGGUUUCGGUUUUUGCCACUUGUUGUCUUCUUUUACCCGACGGAUAUCAGGUCGAUGAAGGAGACGAAGUGGAGUUGACGAGCUUCGAUGAGGACCCGACAUAUGGGUCUGUGGUGUGUGGGAUCCGGAAGUACUUUAGUCAUCAACUGCAGCAGAUCGCUAUCGAGCACUACCGCUUUCCUAUCGAUUUAGAGGCGAAUUUUAGCACAUCGGCGCCGGUGAGAGAGAGGUAUUUGGCUGUCGAGAUUUUGCACCAGUUGUCGUUGCCUCGGAGAGUGAGGAUGCAUCACCGGCGAGAACCUGUGGAUAAAUUCACCGGGAUGAGGCCACCGCCGAGACCAGCAAUCAAGAUGCAAUUGCAGAAACUGGAGAAGCGUUACUUCGUGAUUGCUAAUGAUAUCAAGACGGGUAGAGUGUUUGCAGUGCCGGUCAACAACAAACAGCCGGUGCAUUUUGCAGUGAAAAGUGACGACACGCGUCCGAACACUGUCGAUGACCACGCUCAUCUUCUGUACGGUUUGGUCGACUUCUGGAGUCUCCCGCGGAUAGGGAAGGACGAGGAGAGUGCUAUGCUGUAUGAAGACCCGUUGCCGGUGGUCAAGGUGCCUCCCAGACCUGAAGUCAUGUACGAGCGUUUGCAGUCGAUCAAACUGAGUUAUCAGUUGAUACCGACUCACGAGUAUGAUCGCAUUGCUGUAGUGUUUGCGCCUAAAGACAAGUUGAUGCAGAGCCCGUCGUCGAACAGCACGAGUCUGGGCGAAGUUCACUUCUAUGAGGCAUUUCGAAGUAGCACCAAUGAAGACGCUCUCGUUGUGAAGCAGUGCGAGCCGCCGUUAGCCAAACGAAAUAUCAACCUCGAGAAUGCUGCUCUCGAGUACCAACUGGAUCAACUGAAACGGCAAGUGCCGCAGUCAGUCUUGGAUCAACUGGGCAAGAAGAGCAGAAAGGAUUCACCGCCGCCUCCAGUUCUUCCUCGACGUGCGACGAUGGUUGAAGUGCCAAUGAGAAAACCUUUAUUGAUUCCAAGAUCUUCAGGCAGUCCACCAGCAAAUGCAAAGCACAUUAUUGGUUUCAUGAAAGGUAUACAGCACAAAAUUCUAGGAAAGAGAAGCAAGGCUAAACCUCCAAGCCCAGUAGCAAAUCCUUCUCCACCUCCAAUCCAACCCAAAGGUGAACGAUCUCCGAUGCCACCACCUGUGACAGCAAAACCGAAGCCACAGGUGCAUCCAAAGCCUAAACCCCGAUACACUGAGAAACAAACGAGUGUAUCUGACGAUGGAGCGUAUGUACAGAUGGAGAGAGGACGGGAUCAGUUGAGUGAGUUGAGAGAUGAAUUAGAGGCAGAGGAGAAAAGGAAUCGCGAGUUGAAACAACAACUGGCAAAGUUGGAAACCGAGUACGAAGAUGACAGAAAGAAGCUUCAAGUACUGCAAAGGAGAAGGAAAGUGUACGACGAUGAGAAUCCACAACGAACCAUCAUGUCAUUCAGUACAGACGAAGUCGUUCACUUGCUGAAGGGAUUGAAGCUAGAACAGUAUGAGCAGAAAUUUCGAGAGUUUGAGGUGGAGGGAUACUGGCUCGUUGACUGUGACCGAGAGGCACUGAAUGACAUGGGCGUUCGAGCGAUGCACGCCAGAAGGAUCGAGUGUGCUGUAAAGGAUGGAAAUUUUCCGUCUGGAGCCAAACUGUCUGCCAUCAUGUCAAGCCAGACGUCUUGAAGACACACAGAGAGAGACUGAAUGUUUGUGUUUGUGUUUGAUAGUGGAGACUGUAUUUUAUCAUAGUGUUUUGGUAUCGACUGGAAAUGUGCUGAUCAUGAGUAGUUGUGAUAGUGAAGAGUCUGCUUUCUGUGAGGCUGAGACUGAUGUUUCUAGGUAAUCUGUUAUAUGACGGAAUACUGUGAGUUUUUUUUGUAAGGGUUAUGAUAGCUUGUAUCCUAAUUGAUCUGGGAAUGACAUUUGUGCCUCAUGCACUAUUCAAAUCUCUGUAUUUGUAUGGUUGGAAUAGUAACAAAGUAUAUGCCAUAUUGAAA